AUGCGCCGCACCGUUGUGCAACAAACAGGGAAAGGCAAAAUUCGCCGUAUGUCAUUCAUGGUUCUCGUUGGGAAUGGCGAUGGUCUGGUCGGCUACGGAGAGGGAAAGCACUUGAACAGUAUGGUUGCAUUGACAGCCGCACGUCUCGCAGCCGUACGGAACAUGGACUGGGUCGAGCGGUUUGAGAAGCGCACGGUGUGGACAGAAAUGAAGACUAAGCUUGGCGCUACGCAACUUAUCCUCCGACCGCGACCAGUAGGUUUUGGUUUGCGGUGUAACCCGUUUUUACAUCAGAUUCUGCGAGCGGCUGGGUUCAAGGAUAUCAGUGCGAAAGUGUGGGGGAGCAGGAACAAGCUAAACGUGAUCAAGGCUGCGUUCAGAAUGAUCCAUGCUGGCCAUGCGCCGACUUCGAUGGGAGAUGGAAUGGGUGGGCCUGGAAAGAAGCUAAAUCGGGGGAGAGGAUUGAGGAAUAUGAGUGAGCUUGAGAGAGCCAGAGGCAGG